AUGAGAUCUAGGCCGUCCAUCUUAGAGCAUCUUAAGAUGAAAUUAAGAGGAGGAUUAGAGUGUUGUCCUUAUAGGAGAAUCUAGGUCAUUCACCAAGAGAGUUAAUUAUUAAUCAUAAUCGUCUAUUAGAGAGGCAUAAUUCUCUAGAGAUUUAAGACAUCUCAUCUUCUUCUUGGAGAACACUUUUUGGCUCUCUCUCUAGUAGUGGCUAGUCGAAAGAAAAAAGAGAGAAAUCAAGGUCCGGUCAACAACAUUCUUAUGCUCAAGAUCAUCGUGGAGAAGAGACUACUUGGAGUGCAUCAAGAUCAUCAUGGAUCAAGCAUCACUUGGCUUAGGAUUAGCGCACAAUGAGGUUUGUGUAAGAUCUAGAUAUGGAAUGUUCUUGUAAUAUUCUCUAUGUAUAGAUUAACUCUUAGUUCAAACUAGUUUUACUCUUUAUUUUAUCAUUCCAUAGUGUUAGAUUCAUUCUUUUUCAUUGGCCACAUUUUUCAUUUCUCUUGUUUUCACCCUUUUUAGAUUUAAUUUCAUCUUUUACAAUCUCAAGUAAAUAUAUAUAUAGGAAAUAAAAUAAGUAAAAUUCUUACUCUCAUUACCCACGCUCCAUGAGGAUUGACCCUUAUUUAUCUUAUAUAGAAGAGUGAGGUUUUAUAAAUAUUAUUUGUAUGAACUUGAUUGCAUCACAACAACAUAUCUAACCUCUAAAUCGAGUUCAUCACUCUUCCUCUUCUUCUUCUUCUCUUUCUUCUUCUCAUUGGGCCAUCCUUUGUAGGUAGAUCCUCUUACUUACUGGUAGGGAUCCAUUGGUCUUAGAUCUAAUAUUUCAUGUUGGAUCCAAGAGAGGAUGAAGGCGCCAAUUGACUUAGAGUUGAAUUCUUUGAGGUGGAAGAACAUUAAUUCUUACACUUCUUCUUAGAAGGGUUAACCUCAAAAGUUGAGCCUCUAGUUGACCAUCUUCCAUUGAAUUUUGUUGACUUUUUUGAGUAGAAGACUCUUGAUUAGAUCCAAUGAUUUCAUCAAUAUUGGUCCACAACUAUGAUAUGAUUUUUUAAUCUAUUAAUACAAGUCUCGAAUUCAGUAUCUCCAGAUUUAGGCCAUGAGUUCUAAAGGUGAUCAAAUAACCCUCCUUUAAUAACAACCCUUACUAUUAUCAGUCAAAAAUAAUUCCAACCAUCUGUGGUCUAUUUGAGAUAUAGUAAGCAAAAUCUCUAUGGGUAUCAUUUUGAUCAGAUCUUAAGACUGAGAUUGUCUUAAAUUAGAAUCAGCCAAGUGAAUUGUAGUUCUACUAAAAGUGCAUACUCAUGCAAAGCAGGGAAGAAAAAAGGGUGUCUAUUUGUGCAUGAUAUUCAAGAGAAGAUAAGGAAACUUUACAAGGGCUGUAGUUCAAGGUAAUUGGAGGUUUCACCAUCUAUGAGACAAUGCUAUGUCUGAUGAACCUAUGCUGAAGCGCUUUCCACGUUCAUUUUCUUGAAUUUCUUCUCAGAAUUUAAUGCAUAUAAUACCUGACUGGUAUAUAUUCACCAUCCCUCAAGUUAGAAACAGGGUGCAAAACUUUAUUACUAUUUUUCAAAAUAUUUUCGAAAAGCUCUUAAUUUUUCACCGGUGUAUCCCUUUUUUCCAAUAGAUCCUCGGUUUUCUUCUUAA